AUUCCUGCGCGCCCGGGAAAUAUAAGUAAAAUUUAUGAAAUCAAAAUUAUUUUCUUUCAAUUUGAUGUUAUCCCAGUAUCAUAAAAUUCUCCCGCCUUCUUUUCCCUCCAUAUGUUAUAAAACCCAUGGAUGGAUUCGCCUCAUUGAACCAUGAGUCACUAUUCUGUUGAGACUUGAGAGGAAAAAAAUCAAAAAUAAGAGAAGGAAGGAAUCGAUCAUCAGGUGAUACUAUUUUCGAAUAACAACUUGAGAAGUCAUGUAAUAUAACAUGAUAUCACUGUCUAUUCACAGAAGCGUAGUCCUGCCAAGCAUGCAGAAGUUCAAGAGAUUACCAAAUCUGAAUAAGGUAUGUUCCACAAAUUACAUGUGCUUACUUGGUUUAUGUUGGUAUCGUUCUAUCAUGGUUAGAUAUGAAUGAGACCUUCAUUGACAGAGAUAAGAAUUUUGUUUUAAUUUGGCUUAUGUGUUAUGUGCUUGUCGAGUUUUAGCCAAUCAUUCCCUGGCCCAUCUCCAGGAUUAAAGUGAGGAAUACUACUAUGUGUUCAACUGAGAUAUCUUAGGAAGUUAGACUUUUUCAGUAUAGUUCAAGGUGACAUGUUACUUGUUGAUUGUUGUUGAACAUAAAAGUUACCUUACUCGAUCAGUUACAUGAGCAAGGUUGUAUAGAAAAAUAUGAAAUUUCGUAGGAGUAGGAAAAUUAAUAAAGGUGUUAAUGAUCACUCUGCAUAAGUGUAAUUACAAGAUAGACUGAUCAACCUAGACACCGGUAAGAAGAACAACUAGAUGAAAAACUAGGAAACAGGAACAAAGAUUGGUCAAUAAAAUGUAAGUUUUAUUUGAUUAAACAAAUAAAAUAACCUCCAAGGUUAUUUUACCCUAGGUGUUGUAUUCCUUGACACCUUGCUAUUCCCACUGAAGUCCAUUCUAGCAGAAAUUUCCCUCCUAUAUAUGUACUAACUGACACAAGUUUUAUAGGCUGGAACAUCCUUUCUAGGACGGAGAGCAAUGUUCCUCUAGACACACUUAGGUUUUGGGUCUCUUGACAGGACCCAUACCUGAAAAUGGAUCAUUGAUGAAUUGUGGUAUUCAUUAAUAGAAUCAUGCCAAUUUUGAAGCUUUGCAGAACUUCAUUUAUGUGUAUAGAACUUAGUCGAUUUUGCGAAAAGAAGCACGUUAACAAAGCAUCUGUUGUACUAUCAGCAGUUGCCCUUUUUUCGUACUUCACAACUCUCCACUUUCAGUGAGAGGAGGAGAACGAAAUGUUUAAGAAGAAGAGUCGUGAAGUACUGAGAAUCCACACCUGUUAAGAUAGAAGAGGAAGUAAAUUUGCGUCGAUAUGCAUACUUGUACUGAGAACAGUCUCCCCUCAGAAAUUAUCAUAGAAAUACUUUCUCGCUUGCGCACUGAUUCAGUCUUGCAGUGCAGAAGAGUAUGCAAAACGUGGCGACGCCUAAUUCAUCAUCAUUCCUUUGCUAAUAAGCAUCUACAUCAAUCAUUACGGCUUCAUGGUAAUAAUAGCUCAAAUCAUUCUUCUCUUAUUGCUUCCAAGGUAGGUUCCGGUUUUCUUUUCUGCUUUGCAUUUACACGGGAAAACGGGUGCCAAGUUUAUUAUGGAGAGUACAAUGACCGGCCUAAUACAAAACUUUGAAGGAUCAACCAGCAGUUCAUCAGUCAAUCAUUGGCUCAUGCAAUGGGACUGUUUCUUGCAUUCGAGAAAAAGUUAGAGUCUAUGGUGUGUGGUUUCGGUUACCAUCAAUCUCUUAACAAUUACAAAAUUGUUAAAAUCUACUACAUUCAGAAUGAAUCCUUAGGGAAGGUCCAGGUAUAUACACUUGGUAAAGGCAAUCGUUGGAGAGACUUGGGAGAAGCUCCUUACUCAUUGCGAUACACUUGGCAGAGUCGUUCUGAUGAUUGUUCUCCAUUUGGUACAUUUGCAAACGGAGCUCUUCAUUGGCUUGAUAUGGAACAAAAGAUUGUUUCCUUUGAUUUGGCAGAAGGGAAGUUUUACUUGCUCCCACCACCUCCUUUUGUCCGUGAUGCAAGUGUGAGGAACUAUUUUAAACUUCAGGUUCUGGGAGGAUGCUUGUGUUUUAUUCAUCAAAAGUGAGAUAAAUUCUUAAACUGGUUCUUAAGGAAAACAGGAAAAAAGGAGAACACAGUUGUUACUACGUGAAUGAGCAGGAUUACAGUUCAUUAAACUGGAUUAAGAGUUCAGCAUACCAACUAAAAGUGAGGCAGUGCCCUUUGCCCUUACAAACGGUGGUCAUGUCCUACUUCGCUUCAACUCUGGUGUCUUCUGUUAUGAUCCAGAAACUACUGCAGUAUCGAAUAAUCUUAUAAGUAACAACUUUUAUCGUGUACUACAUGUAGUUCCUCACAUGAACAGCUUGGUUUCGCUGAAAGGUCUGAACCAACAAUAUUGGGAUAACAAAAGAUAUGAUGUUAAUCCUGCUCCAAAGGAUAUCUUUAUUCAACAACGGGGGAAGGGUGACAGAGAGAUUGAUGUUAAUCCAAGUCUUACUAUGUCUCAAUAUCUGGGUAAGCAGGCGGUAUCUCCUAGACAGGCUAUUGGUAGCAUUCUCAACAAGUCCAUUCCUAUGAGAGUUGGGGUGGAGGCAUCUCACUCGAGUAAAGCAGCUGAUAGAAGUGUUGGUGGUUUGAGAAAAAGGAAGGAAAAGUCACUUAACUGCAAGUCACGUUGCUCUGACAGAUCCGAGAAGCAAGCUAAUUCUCCCCAAGAGUUGUACUGUUCUGAUGAAAACAGUCCCCUCAAUAAUCCUCUCAGCCAUCGUUCAAGGUGUUCUAUUAGCGAGGGAGGAAGUGGUGUUGGUGGUACAGAGAAGAUUGUUGCGGAAGUUGAGGAAUUAUUAGAAGAUGAUGGGAGUAGUGGAGGAACUUGUAAAGAAGUGAGCGCCAGAUUGCUUCUUGGGCGUGCGCAAAAACGACAUAGGGAUGGUUCGGACAUGAAUGACCAGGGAAGUGAGAAGUCUUGCUCUGAACCUGGCAGAGCCCGUGAUCCAGAUGUCGGGCAACCAAGAGAAAGAGGCAAAGGUAGUUCACUCAUGUCCACCUUAGGUUGCUCCAAAAGAGGGCAGGGUGAUCGUCCACUUCCUGAGUAUACUGCUCCUCAAAUAUGUCCACCAAGUUUUCUUAUGGUAGCUGGAUUUCCCGUACUACCUAAGUAUAAAGAUUUGUAUACUCGAGUGAUUGCCUCCAAAGGGCACAUGGCCUCCGACACAAAGGUUAAAUCGAUGAACAUACAAGCCACUAUGGUCACCGAACUUUUGGGGAUGCUCCAGCAAAUGACCUAACUCUCUGGUCGCGAUGUUACCUCCACCAACUUACAACAAUGGCGUGCAACAGUUGAUAGUGCUUCCGCUAUGGACUUUCACGUGUCAUGGUUAGAUGAUCAACUUCACCUUCUUGCCUCUCAAAUCCGUGAUGUUGGAGAACUAAAGGCGAUAAAGCAGAGUCUGGAAACAGAAGUCAGAGGUAGUGGGAAGAAGAUCUCUUUACUUCGCUCCAAAAUGGAAGAGGCGAGACGUGCAUACGAGGCUGCUAAGGUAGAAAAAGCUGAACUGAUUUUGAAGGUGGCUACAGUGAAAGCUAGGCUUGCUUCAACAUCGCAUUGUCAUGGUCGGCACUUGGUUCGUGUUUAGGUACCCCUCAUUGAUUCUCUUAGUCUCUGGGGUUGUGAUUUGCUUAUUAAUAGUUAAGGCGCUUGACUCUGCUUCUUAAAAUUUUGUUAUGUUUCACUUGAGGAGUGAGUGAUUUUGUUUUGAUUAUUUACUUAUUACUUUCAUAUUUUGUUGGAAUUUU